AAUGGUCUUUACCGGGCUCUGCUCCCAAAGCAGAAAUUGUAACAUGCCAUAUUUUACCAAUGGAUAUUUUUGGACAACGAAAUGUCACCGGUAAUCUAGGGCAUUUCCAGGUUGUGAAAAUGACGGAUUUGGAUUUAACCUCGGUGCACAUCCCCAAAUUGUCCGCGUUCACGUCGUUGCUGUAUUCGAGGGAAGCUUUUUCGUAGGAUUGGAUGCAAAUGGUCCUGAAGUGGGCAGCUGUGUGUUCCUAUUAGCUCGCGGGAGACUGCGGUUGUCAUUGAUCUUUUGAAGCAGCGGACACAGAGGAGUGAACCGGAGAGAUGAUGUGCGAGGUGAUGCCCACCAUCAGCGAGGACACGGCGCUGAGCCAGCGCGGCUCGCAGAGCAGCUCCUCGGACCCGGACUCGCACUUCGAGCAGCUGAUGGUGAACAUGCUGGACGAGCGGGACCGGCUGCUGGACACGCUGCGGGAGACGCAGGAGAGCCUGGGCCUCACCCAGCAGCACCUGGAGGACGUCAUCUACGACCGAGACUCGCUGCAGAGGCAGCUCAGCUCCGCCCUGCCGCAGGAGUUUGCCGCCCUCACCAAGGAGCUGAAUGCCUGCAGGGAGCAGCUGCUGGAGAAGGAGGAGGAGAUCUCCGAGCUGAAGGCAGAGAGGAACAACACCAGGUUGCUGCUGGAGCAUUUGGAGUGCCUUGUGUCCCGGCACGAGCGGUCGCUCCGCAUGACCGUGGUCAAGAGGCAGGCCCAGUCGCCUUCGGGCGUCUCCAGCGAGGUCGAGGUGCUCAAAGCGCUCAAGUCCCUGUUCGAGCACCACAAGGCUCUGGACGAGAAGGUGAGGGAAAGGCUGAGGGUGUCGUUGGAGAGGGUUACGGCCUUGGAGGAGGAGCUGACUGCGGCCAAUCAGGAGAUCGUAGCGCUGCGAGAGCAGAAUGCGCACAUCCAGAGGAAGGUGGCGUCGGGGGAGGGGGCCGAGGACCUGCUGGAGAGCACGGACGCCGGGCAGAAGGUUCAUGGCAAGCGCCUGUCGAACGGCUCCAUGGAGUCGGCCAAGGAGGCGAGCCAGGUGGUGGAGCUGCAGGAGCUGCUGGAGAAGCAGAACUACGAGCUGGCCCAGAUGAAGGAGCGCAUGUCCUCCCUGUCCUCCCGCGUGUCCGAGGUGGAGCAGGAGCUGGAGACCGCCCGCAAGGACCUCAUCAAGUCCGAGGAGAUGAACAACAAGUACCAGCGGGACAUCAAGGAGGCCAUGUGUCAGAAGGAGGACAUGGAGGAGCGCAUCGUCACCCUGGAGAAGCGCUACCUGAGCGCUCAGCGGGAGUCCACCUCCCUGCACGACAUCAGCGACAAGCUGGAGACCGAGCUGGUCAACAAGGAGGCCUUCCUCAGACAGAUGGAGGAGAAGAACAGGCAGCUGCAGGAGAGGCUGGAGCUGGCCGAGCAGAAGCUGCAGCAGACCAUGAGGAAGGCGGAGACGCUGCCGGAGGUGGAGGCCGAGCUGGCCCAGCGGAUCGCGGCUCUCACCAAGGCCGAAGAGCGCCAUGGGAGCAUCGAGGAGCGCAUGCGUCACCUGGAGGGCCAGCUUGAGGAGAAGAACCAGGAGCUCCACAGAGCCAGGCAGAGGGAGAAAAUGAACGAGGAGCACAACAAGCGCCUGUCGGACACCGUCGACCGGCUUCUGACCGAGUCCAACGAGCGACUGCAGCUGCACCUGAAGGAGAGAAUGGCGGCGUUAGAAGAGAAGAAUGUGUUGAUUCAGGACUCUGAAAACUUACGAAAACAGUUGGAAGAUUCAAUCCAUGACAAAACCCAUCUUGUUGAUGACAUGGACAAGAUGAGAUCAGAACUGGACCAGCUCAGAAUCAGGACCGGGUCCCUGACAGAACCGACCUUAUCACGGUCUCACCUGGACACGUCCGCGGAGCUCCGCUUCUCCCUGGGCUCCCUGGCGGAGACCCAGUCGGAGCAUUACAGGUCAGCCAGGGUCGUCCGGAGGCCCCGCAGGGGCCGGACCGGCAUCCUCAGGGAAGAGCAGAAGGCCAAGUCGCUGGGGGAGCAGGAGUGGCGGUCCCAGCAGCUGGGGGUUCUGGGUAGCCACCACUUCGAGAGCGACACGGAGAUGUCGGACAUCGACGACGACGACCGCGAGACGCUCUUCGGCUCCAUGGACCUGCUCUCCCCCGGCGGGCACUCGGACGCCCAGACCCUGGCCAUGAUGCUCCAGGAGCAGCUGGACGCCAUCAACAGGGAGAUCCGGCUAAUCCAGGAGGAGAAGGAGUCGACGGAGCUGAGGGCGGAGGAGAUCGAGAACCGCGUGGCCAGCGUCAGCCUGGAGGGGCUCAACCUGGCACGCGUCCACCACCCAGGGACGUCCAUCACUGCCUCGGCCACCGCCUCCUCCCUGGCCAGCUCCUCCCCUCCCAGCGGGCACUCCACCCCGAAGCUCACGCCCCGCAGCCCCGCCCGGGACAUGGAGCGCAUGGGCGUCAUGACGCUGCCCAGCGAUUUGAGGAAACACAGGAGAAAGCUUCGCAGUUUGGCGGCGACCCUGGAGGCGGAGGCCAGCGCCCUGAGCAGCGUGACCAGCAGCCAGGACUCGCUGCACAAGCAGCCCAAAAAAAAGGGCAUCAAGUCUUCCAUCGGGCGGCUCUUCGGCAAGAAGGAGAAGGCCCGGCUGGGUCAGCUGGCCAAGGAAAUGGGGGUGCCUGGCCAAGUUAUGUCUGAUCCGGAGCUGAUUGGUCAGGAGAUGGCGAUGGGGAAGCUUGGAACCCAGGCAGAGAAGGACAGGAGACUGAAGAAGAAGCACGAGCUAUUGGAGGAAGCCCGGAGGAAAGGCCUGCCCUUCGCCCAAUGGGACGGCCCCACCGUGGUGGCCUGGCUGGAGCUGUGGCUGGGCAUGCCCGCCUGGUACGUGGCGGCGUGCCGGGCCAACGUGAAGAGCGGCGCCAUCAUGUCGGCGCUGUCGGACACGGAGAUCCAGCGGGAGAUCGGCAUCAGCAACCCGCUGCACCGGCUCAAGCUGCGGCUCGCCAUCCAGGAGAUGGUGUCCCUGACCAGCCCCUCGGCCCCGCCCACCUCCAGAACUCCUUCAGGCAAUGUCUGGGUGACCCACGAGGAAAUGGAGACCCUGGCGGCCCCCGCCAAAACGAAGUCUGAUUCGGAAGAAGGAAGCUGGUCUCAGACCCUGGCGUACGGGGACAUGAACCACGAGUGGAUCGGGAACGAGUGGCUGCCCAGCCUGGGCCUGCCCCAGUACCGCAGCUACUUCAUGGAGUGCCUGGUGGACGCCCGCAUGCUGGACCACCUGACCAAGAAGGACCUCCGGGUGCAUCUGAAGAUGGUGGACAGCUUUCACAGGACGAGUCUGCAGUAUGGGAUCAUGUGCUUGAAGAAGCUGAACUACGACAGGAAGGAGCUGGAGAGGAGAAGAGAGCAGAGCCAGCACGAAAUGAGAGACGUGCUGGUGUGGAGUAAUGAGCGGGUGAUCCGCUGGGUGCAGAGCAUCGGGCUCAGGGACUACGCCAACAUCCUGAUGGAGAGCGGCGUGCACGGAGCCCUCAUCGCCCUCGACGACAACUUCGACUACAGCAGCCUGGCCCUGCUGCUGCAGAUCCCCAACCAGAACACUCAGGCCCGACAGAUCCUGGAGAGGGAGUACAACAACAUGCUGGCCUUGGGAACGGAGAGGCGACUGGAUGAGGACUUCCCACGCGGGCCGUCCUGGAGGAGGCAGUUCCCCCCGCGGGACGUCCACGGCAUCAGCAUGAUGCCCGGCUCUGCCGAAACGCUGCCGGCAGGCUUCCGCCUCACCACCUCGGGCCACUCCCGCCGGCUGGCCCCGGAAGGUGGUCCGUCGGCCAUACAGCGCCUGGACAGCUCCACCGUGAGGACGUACUCCUGCUGAAGUACCAAUUGGGCUGUCUCCGUGUUUCAGCGAGAUUUGAACCCAUGCCCUACCGCUGAAGGCCGCCAGCUGGGGUCGCGCCCACGGUCUGGACCUGACGCUUCGUACGAGUCACACUGCCAAGAACCUGCCCCACGAGGAAAAGGGGUUCCAGCGAGAAGUCGGGGCGCCAAACUGCCCUCCCAGCACUUACAACGAGCCAAGUCCCCAAAAAAACACAGAGCACCAGCCGCUGGUGCCAGCCAACUUCACACAGACCUGUCCUACCAUUGCCAUUUCUGCAUUUCUCAUGUUACUGAAACUGGUUGAGAAUAAUGUGCUGUGUAUUUCUUCUACAGGAAUCGAAUCUGUAGGUUAUCUGUAAAUUUAUAUAUAUGAGACAUUUUUUAUAUAUUAUAUAUACAUAUAUUAAAAAAGAAAGAUACAAAGAAACAAACUCAGUUUGUGCAAAAGUAACAUCAUCAGUCUCAUUUCCAUGUUCAAAAGGAUGCUGCUCUUUGUACCUCUUUUUCCACAAGAUGGUUUUUGUAUAUAACUUUAUUUCAUGUUUUUUCUCACUGUACCCAGUUAAUGUGUUUAGACGUGAUUGCACUUCAGAGACAGGCCUGGUGCUACUGAAUCCUCUCAUUGAACUCCCAAUCACAGUACUGGACCUUUUUGCCAAUGAAAGCCUGCCCCCUAGUGGUGUACAGUCCCAUAACGUUUGUGUUGUAAAAAAAAAAACCGAGAAAAAAACGGACCUCUAACCGUCACAAGGAAUUCUGGGAGAGCACAGGAAAGCACUGUGACAUUUUAAUUUUGGUCUCGCUUUUCAGCAAACCGCGCGGACAAACAGGAAACGUCUGAGCCUUCUGUCAUGGAACAAGAUGGCAAAUUAAACCACUACUCUCAAGAGCAUCACCUUUAGGACUCGAUGGAAGCACUGGCACAUAUUAACGGGAAAACGCAAAAAGCCGAGACGCAACGUCGGACCAGCAGAGAACGCUUUCUUUUUCGCAAUCCUUCAGCCGAGUCGGCCUUGUUCUCGCAAAUCUUCAGCCGCUUAACCCGGAGAAAUAACUCAAAGACAGAUGGCCUAAACCUGUCGUGUAUAUGAAGCCGCAGUAGUAGUCCAGGAGGAACUCCAGAAGAAAAACCCGUAGCUUGAUGUGACUUUACUUGGUGUAGCUGUUGACUCUUGUUUCUGUAGGCGUGGCCAAGGCAGGCCUCUCAUAAGCCCCCCCCCCCUUUGUAACCGCUGCCUCAUUGAUGACGCAUCGCUGUCUUAGCUGAACACCUGUCUUUUAGUUAUUUCUACCAGUAUGCUGAUCUGAAUCUUGUUUUUAUUUUUUUAUGUUCUUGUUUUGCACGUGAAAGAGUCAUUUCAUUUUGUGUCCAUUUUUUUUAUUUAUUACUGACUGUUUUUUUCGGUCAAACCUCAAUGGUAAUCAGACAGAUUUUCAUUGUCAAUAAAAUGUUGUCGAAGGACGGCUUCGA